GCGAUACGCCGAGCGCUUAACAUCCGAGGACUUUGGCCCAGAGUAACCCUGCUCGCGUGACCUUUCCCCUCUAUUCUGCACCUCCAGCAGCCAGCCCGGAGAGUCGGCUGCGGUCGGGCGCGCGCUCGGCUACCUCUUGCCCAGCUGGCUCCCGAGCUUCGGCUCGCCCCCUUGCUGCCCGUCCGCACGGCUCUCCGUCAUGGCGGCUCUCAGCAAGUCCAUCCCUCAUAACUGCUACGAGAUCGGUCACACUUGGCACCCUUCCUGUGGGGUCUCCUUCGUGCAGAUCACCGGGGGCGCCCUGGAGGAGUCCCUGAAGAUUUACGCCCCACUGUACUUGAUUGCAGCAAUUCUCCGGAAACGAAAAUUAGACUAUUAUUUACACAAACUACUCCCUGAGAUCCUACAAUCUGCUUCAUUUCUGACUGCUAAUGGGGCCUUGUAUAUGGCUUUCUUUUGCAUUUUAAGGAGGAUACUUGGAAAAUUCUACUCUUGGAGUCCUGGCUUUGGUGCCGCUUUGCCAGCAUCUUAUGUGGCCAUUCUAAUUGAAAGAAAAAGCAGGAGAGGGCUGCUCACUAUUUAUAUGGCCAAUUUGGCCACAGAAACACUAUUUAGAAUGGGAGUAGCAAGAGGAACCAUCACAACGUUAAGAAAUGGAGAAGUCCUUUUGUUCUGCAUCACAGCUGCCAUGUACAUGUUCUUUUUCAGAUGCAAAGAUGGUUUGAAAGGAUUUACAUUCUCUGCCCUCAGGUUUAUUGUAGGGAAGGAAGAAAUUCCCACACAUUCUUACUCACCAGAAGCGGCAUAUGCAAAAGUGGAACAGAAGACAGAGAAACAUGAGGAAAAGCCAAGAAGAAUGAAUGUAAUUGCUCUAAUCAGGAAACUUGUGGAUUCAGUAUGUAAGCAUGGACCAAGGCAUAGAUGUUGCAAACACUAUGAAGAUAAUUGCAUCUCUUAUUGCAUUAAAGGUUUCAUCAGAAUGUUUAGCGUGGGAUACUUGAUCCAGUGCUGCCUCCGAAUUCCCUCUGCAUUUCGGCAUCUGUUUACACAGCCAUCCCGGCUAUUUUCUCUCUUCUACAAUAAAGAAAACUUCCAGCUCGGAGCUUUUCUGGGCUCUUUUGUUAGUAUAUACAAGGGUACUAGUUGCUUCCUGCGCUGGGUCAGAAACCUGGAUGAUGAAUUGCAUGCUAUUAUAGCUGGCUUUUUGGCAGGAGUAUCAAUGAUGUUUUAUAAAAGUACAACAAUUUCCAUGUAUUUAGCUUCCAAGUUGGUAGAGACAAUGUAUUUCAAAGGCAUUGAAGCAGGAAAGGUUCCCUAUUUUCCCCAUGCAGAUACUAUCAUCUAUUCCAUCUCUACAGCAAUUUGCUUCCAGGCAGCUGUGAUGGAAGUUCAGACUUUGCGACCAUCUUACUGGAAGUUUCUUUUAAGACUCACCAAGGGCAAAUUUGCUGUCAUGAACCGAAAAGUCCUUGAUGUUUUUGGUACUGGUGCAUCUAAACACUUUCAGGAUUUUAUCCCUAGGUUGGAUCCAAGAUAUACAACUGUAACACCAGAGUUGCCCAUCGAGUUUUCUUGAAGAUGACUGUAAUUUAUUAAUGUGACUUAAUGUUUCAUUAUUUUAUCCUGAAGAGUUAACUGUGUUGAAACACAAAGAAGGAGUCUUGAGCUUGAACUUCAGUGUUAUUUCAAUGAGAGAUACUCUUUUCUUGUUAGUUUUUCUUACCAGUCAGAAGUACAGAAGCUUUUUAGGAAGGUGUUGCUUAAUAAUUAAGCACCCUCUGUAGCCAGAAUCUGAUUCUGGGUCACUUGUAGUGGUUGACAUUAUGAUAUAUUAUUGAUUAAAUUAUGUCUACAAGCAAUCUUAAAUAAUCUAUGUAGAAAUGUAGUAACAAAUAAGAGUAUACUUAAAAUUACUUUAAAAGAUGUUUUUAGUUCAUUCCAGUAUAAUUCUUGGUUAAAACUAAGAAUAUUUCUAUGUUUUAGGAUACAAAGGAUCACGGGUACAUGGAUUUGGUCUGUUUUUUUUUUUAACUUUUGAAUUGGUAACUAUAGUAGUGAAAUAUUAUGGAACUGAAGUAAUUCUUCCCAGACAAUGCUGCUUUAGUGUGAAGAAAUUUAAUUGAAGAAAGUGGCCAUUCUCACUUCAGGGAUGCGAAGACGGGUCUUGUGCUGUUCGGAUAAAUGCCGUGGUAUCCAUGCUCCCCUUCCACUGAUACCUUCAUCUCUCUUCAUGGUCAGUUGGGCUGUCUGGCAGCCCAGUGAGCCUAUGUACUAAUGGCAGGUUAGGAGCAAAUGGAAUUUGACAUAUCUGAUAAAGCUGAAAUGUAUGUUUUAAUCUUUUACAGAAGCAUUACACUUGAAUAUUUAAAAGCAAAUGAAGUUGCUUUUAAACCUCGUGAAGGUGUACGGUGUUUGUUUGCAUUUAUAAGGACUGAAUUCUUCAUAGCUCGUUUUGUCUGCCAUUGCUGACUUAGAAGGGAUCAAAAGUAGUUUGGGCAAAUUUGUCAGUUUGUUCCCUCUCCACCAUCCCACCAGUGGAUAUUUUACAGCUACAAACAAUAUAAAAAUCCAGUAGUUGUUAAAAAGUCCAUUUCAUCACUAUGGGAUUCAGGUUCUCCAGCCUCUUUUCAAAAACUUACUGUUUUUAUUCCUGUUAGAACAAAGAAGUGACAAAAUAUAGUAAGUGUUGAUUAUGAGUUAGGUCGGGACAGCUGUGAUUGAAAUAUGAUUACUCUUCAGAGUUUUUCAGGGAAAAGUCAUACUUUUCUAACUUAAUAAAAGGCUUAAGUGGUUAUGAUGUCUAUAGUUAAUGCAACAUAUAGGGAUAAUGGUAUAUUUUUUUAAUAUCAUUUUGUUGCUGAAAAGUUUUGGGCUGUUGUAAAUUAAUUAUGCAGUAUAACUUGUGUUGCAACAAGAAUUAUAACCCAGACUUUUAAAAUGCUUAAUCUGCCGUAUUCAAUUUCACCAAGCCCUGUAUAUUUCUGUUCAUGUGUAAUCCUGUCCUCAGUUGUUAUGGCAAAUUGAAACCCAACAAAAAGACAGACUCUGAUACUGUGGUAACAGAGCCACUUUAAUGAGGUCAAAAUUUUGCAUUGUGAUUAAUUUUUUAGAAUUGACUUGACUAUUAGGCAAUACUGUUAAGGAAUCAUUUUGGUUUCAGACUUCAAAAUUGCUUAAUAAAUUAAGUUUUCAGUUUUUAUUCCUGGAAUCAAAAUGAUGAUUGGUACUGUGUUUAAUUUUAAAAAUGAAGUAUUAUAGCAGUGAAGAAAGCACUGCUUCCUGUACCUCAUUUUCUUUAUUUAGAAAUUAUGUUUAUAAUAUUUUUCCUGUCAGUUUAAAAGAAAAACAUUUUAAUUCAUACGUUGCUGUUUUCAUGAACAUUAAAAAGGCUAUGGUGUUAAAGGCAAAUCCUACUGAAAUUGGAUGAGAUUGUUUAGUAAAAUCUUACUGUCAAAAGGUGCAUUUCUAUGAUUUCCUUUUUUUUCAAGCUAUAGUCAUUUUUUAAUAUAAAAUGUAAAAUGAAAUAACCGUCAUGAAGCAGAACAUGAUAAUGAAUGUAUAGCUUUAGUGAAUAAUUAAUGAAUUUUCAGGGGUGAAAAGAGAAAUCCAAUUUGAUUUCAUUGAGGCAGACUGCACAGUGUAGCUGUUUGAGAAAACAGACACUGUGUCUGUGCUCCUGAAGACAAUCAAAAUGAUAUCUCUCUACCUCUAACCAAUCAGGUAUCAAUAAACCAUGUGACACCGUAAAUAAAGUCAAAUAGAUGGUUUUUUUAGUCCAUUUAUACACUAAGGAAAUUGUGCCUAUGUUAAGUUUCCACCAGAACUGGUUACAGCGAACAUUAAUGUGUAGACUGCAAAACAGUGCAUCGGAGUAUUUGUAGUAGUGUGGUUGUUUCACUGCUAUUUCCUGUGUCAUAAAAUCCUAGGGUUUGUACCAACCCAGUAAAGACUGAGGUUGCAAGAUAACAAAUUGUCUCCGAUUUGUUCAAGCCUUGCCAAUGUUUCGUCAGAUAGUUUUAGACCAUUUUAUUACUCAUUUCUGGAAUAAAACCUUUGGUCCGGUUAUGCCGUUUCAUAAAUUCUGUGGUCACUUUGGUAACUUUUUUCUUGGUCUGUGCACAUGGUUGUCACUUGGCUGAUAUGUAGUUUAUUGUUGGUACUCAUCUGAAGUUUAGUCAGUUGUUACUUUAUUUAAAAUUGUAUCUUUUUAUUCUUUGCUCUCCGAUUUUAUAAUUUGCUUUUUUCUAUAUUGAACAUGUCUUGUGUGAUUAAACCCAAAUUGGUCAGCUGUCCUAGUAUUUUCUUUGUUGAGCUUGAGCAUUUGUCUCCUUGUGGACUGUGCUCAGGCUGACAUUUGAUUUAGUUGUUAAUACUGACAAAAUUGUAUUCUGCUUGUAUGGUAUCACAGUCCCAAGUUUCUGAGUCCCCUGCCAGUGUAUAGUUAAUGAAAAUCGAUUUCCUUUUCCCGCAAAGAGCUUCGUCCAUUGUCUUAGGUCACAUCCCCCUCACUGUGGUGAUCAAGAAGCCUCUCAGCAGUGCCAGAGGGGCGGGCCCACUGGGACCAUUGGCCUGGUGUUCUUACUGCCUUGAAUCAGAGACGCCGCCACGCCCUUAUAGUCCUUGAAUUCUUUCUGUGAUUUAUCUGUACUGUAAAGACAGAAAGUAGAUCGACAGAAGGUGACUCAGUCAGUUAAGUGUCCAACUCUUGGUUUC